AGGAGGAGGAGGAGGAGGAGGAGGAGGAGGAUGGGCCUCGAACACAGACUUGCAAUGGCACUGCAAAAAUUGGAUUAAAGCAGUAUGCUGGACAAGAGCGAGGUGGCAACUCUAGGCCUACCCUCCACCACCAGCCAUGGAGGCUCAGACAGCAACAUCAGCACAGAUGGAGCAGGUGCCACGUCGUCGGGGGUCACGGGAGCAGAGGGCGCGGGGGUCGGGGAACCACAGCGAACGCGUGCCGCUCUGGACCACCUGCAGCAGAAGAUCCUGAAGGUCACCGAGCAGAUCCGCGUGGAGCAGGAGGCGCGCGACGACAACGUCGCCGAGUACCUGAAGCUAGCCCACAACGCAGACAAGCAGCAGGCGUCCAGGAUCAAGCAGGUGUUCGAGAAGAAGAACCAGAAGUCUGCGCAGACCAUCGCACACCUGCACAAGAAGCUCGAGCACUACCACAAGAAGCUAAAGGAGAUAGAGCAGAAUGGACCAGCCCGCCAACCCAAGGAUGUCCUGCGGGACAUGCAGCAAGGACUGAAGGACGUGGGCGCGAACGUUCGUGCUGGGAUAAGCGGUUUUGGAGGAGGAGUGGUCGAAGGGGUCAAAGGAGGGGUCACUGCCCUCACCCACACAGCCGUGGUCUCCAAGCCCAGAGAGUUCGCCAGUCUCAUCCGGAACAAGUUCGGCAGCGCCGAUAACAUCGCCCACCUGAAGGACACGCUCGAGGACGGAGUCGGGGGACACUCCGAGGACGCCCCCACGCCCCGCGCCCUGAGCGGGAGCGCCACGCUGGUCUCCAGCCCGAAGUACGGCAGCGACGACGAGUGCUCCACCGCCUCCUCCGGCUCGGGGGCGGGCAGCAAUUCCGGCGGGGCGGGGGGAGGAGGGGGCCUGUUAGGGACCACGAUGGGGAGCCCCAGACUGGACGGGCACCACCACCACCACCACCACAUGCACAGCUCGUGGGACUCUCUGCUGGAGGGCCUGCAGGAGAUCAAGGCCAGCCAGGCGCACAUGGAGGACGCCAUCGAGGACAUGAAGGGCCAGCUGCAGAGCGACUACUCCUACAUGACCCAGUGCCUGCAGGAGGAGAGAUACAGAUACGAGCGACUGGAGGAGCAGCUGAAUGACUUAACGGAGCUGCACCAGAAUGAGAUGACCAACCUGAAGCAGGAGCUCGCCAGCAUGGAGGAGAAAGUGGCCUACCAGUCGUACGAGAGAGCGAGAGACAUUCAGGAGGCGGUCGAGUCCUGCCUGACUCGCAUCACCAAGCUGGAGCUGCAGCAGCAGCAGCAACAGGUGGUCCAGCUGGAGGGGGUGGAGAACGCCAACGCCCGGGCCCUGCUGGGGAAGCUCAUCAACGUCAUCCUGGCCCUCAUGGCCGUGCUGCUGGUCUUCGUCUCCACGCUGGCCAACUUCAUCACCCCGCUGAUGAAGACCCGGGCCCGGGUGGCCGCCACCGUCCUGCUGACCCUGCUGCUGUUCGUCCUGUGGAAGCAGUGGGAUUUUGUGGAGCUGUGGCUGCUGCCCAGCUAAACGCACACCUGAUACGCGCCAGAGGGAGCAAGCCGGGUCGGCUCAUCCGCCACAGAUAA